CUGACACUUUCUUUAGCUCAAAUUAUUGCCGCAAUUGCUAAUGCCAACAAUUAUUUCCAAGCAGACAGCAGCGGAACUAACUUUUUGACCGUCUUUCCAUGGAACAAUGCCCCUGCAGGAUCUCCUCAACAGAUAUCUCUCAAUUUUAUCAAUGUUGAUAAACGUAAAACAGCAUCUGUAAAUGUGACUUAUUAUACGCUGAACAGCAAGGAAACCUCCGUGAAGAAUGAGACACGCAUAACAGUUUCCCCACUGAACAGUGCUACGUUUGAUCUUCCACCUAGCUGUGUUUAUCAAGGAUACAAGGUCUCAGAACUUCCUUCUAUAGAAACUAUUUCAAAUAGAAAAAUUCAAGUAGUGUCUGAUUCACCAAUAUCAGUAGUUGCACAUAAUUUUUACAAUGAUUCUGGUGACUCGUACACAAUCUUACCAGUGUCCUUGUGGAAAAAAGAAUACAAAUUCUCACUCCCACCUGCACAGAGAGGGUCUCACAUGCUUUAUUUCUUGUCAAUUAUGGAAGUCGAGCUGCAUUUGAAAGUGUUUUUUGGCACGAGUAAAACAGAGUUUACAAUAAACCUUACGGGGGAGGAAGAAGCUAAAGUUUAUGUGCCUUCAACAGACUCAGAAGCUUUGACUGUAAUUGUCACAGGCAGCAUGAUCUUUACAGUAAUAGCAGCAGUGAGGAGGUUACCAAUAUCGAACAGCAACGGUCGUUCUGAUUUUGGUUGCUUUAUACCCAGCUCAGCCUUUUCCUCUCACCUUCUACACGGCACUUACGUAACUACCUUAGACACAGCUACAUAUUAUUCUUUUACGCCUGCAAAUUUUUCAAAGGAUAAAUUUGAAGUAAACGUUGAAGGAGGGUCAAACAUGAAGGAAGUUUUACACCUUAAAGCAAAUGGUUCUCAAAUGCCUCAGCACAUUAGCCAGAGUUACUAUGGAGAUAUUGUAGCGUUUCAGGAGUCGUAA